AUGUCCGCCCUGUUCAACUUCCAGUCGCUGCUCCUCGUCAUACUUCUCCUGAUUUGCACGUGCACCUAUGUCCGGGCCCUUUUUCCAAGCCUCAUCGACCGCAACAAAACCGGUUUCCUUGGACUGUUCUUCAUGUCUGCACGCAUUGGCGAGCGGCUCUCACCAUACGUGUCGCUUGCGUGUUUGAUAAUGGCGGGUGCGAUGCUAAUACAAUGA